ACAAGCUGAAAAAGGACAUGGUGAACCAUGUAAGGAAGACUUCGAAUGUCAAUGUCCUUUUGUUUGCCAUCUUGGUGGUGAAGAUAGAUUUAAAUGCCAACUAACUGAUACAAGAGGGGAGGGAGAAACUUGCGAUCCUAAUUGUGAAGGUAACCCUAAUGCUGCGUGCAAGGAAGGUCUAGAAUGUUCUACCGAUG